GUACUUAACGGAGGUUCACGUUUACAACUUCGCGUGUUAACAAACAUUUUCAACGUUUCGAGGAAUUUAUUUAAAAUGGGAUCUCUUGAGAGUGCUAAAAAAACUGCGGCUUACAAAGCAGUUGACGAAUAUGUGAAGAAUAACACUGUUAUUGGCAUUGGUAGCGGGUCUACAAUAAUAUACGCUGUUCAUAGGCUUGUGGAACGUAUGAAGGAAGAAAACCUUAAUGUUGUUUGUGUUCCAACUUCAUUCCAAGCCCGCCAGUUGAUAUUGAAUAAUCACCUUACAUUAGGUGACUUAGAAACCCAUCCCAAAUUGGAUUGUGCAAUUGAUGGAGCAGAUGAAGUUGACUCCGAUAUGAAUCUCAUCAAAGGUGGAGGAGGUUGCUUGCUUCAAGAGAAAAUUGUGGCAUCUUGUGCUGAUGAGUUUGUUAUAAUAGCUGAUUACACGAAAAGUUCUCAACAACUUGGUGAGAAGUAUAAAAAAGGUAUUCCUAUUGAAGUAAUACCUAUGGCAUAUGUUGCCAUUCAGAAAAGAAUUAAAGGCAAUUAUGGAGGAAAUAUACAAGUUAGGAUGGCUUUGGCCAAAGCUGGUCCAGUCAUAACAGAUAAUGGUAAUUUUAUUCUUGAUUGGCAUUUUCCGCAAGGUCUGACUAAUUGGAAUAAAAUUAAUAUAGAAAUCUCAAUGAUUCCUGGUGUUGUUGAAACAGGACUCUUCAUAAAAAUGGCAAAAAAAGUGUUCUUUGGAAUGCCUGAUGGCAGCAUUAAAGAACAGUCUUAAAGUGGUGCUUUAACAUUGAUUUAAAUGUUAAGAAUAUGUUGUAUAAUAU